AUGAGUGACUUUGGCGGACUAGGUAUUGUCCUAGAAGAAAAUGAAGAUCUUAGGAGGCAAACAUCAAACAAUGAGGGGGUAAACAACCACCUUUUGCAGCAGUCAACACUGCCAAUUAUCACUAGCAUACCACAACAAAUUGUUAAUACACAUUUACCAGAGCCAGAAAUAGAUUUGGAACAAGUACCAGUACCAGUACCAGUACCAGAACAAAGGGAAGAAGUACACCAGCAACGUGCUGAAACACCUAUACGAGUCUCUAGCGUUGCAAGUCUAAACAACCUAACACCGAAAACAUCAACAAACCAGAUUAAAUUCAAUAGCCACAUUAGUCUAGACUCAUCGUCAAAUAACGUACAGAUUGAAAGUACACCAUCUGUAUCCACAUCAAACUUGGAACAAAGCCUGCAUCUCCCUCCACAAGAGGUUUUAUUGCCACCCUUGCCUGAUGCCAUUGAAGACUUGAAAUCACCAUCCACAGCUUCAAACCCACAGUUGCAUCAACAUACAAACUCAAAUGACGACAAACUAUCCAACAUGACCCUAUCACAUAAACUAAGCCAAGAACAAACCUUUACAACAAUGAAUACUAAUAAUUCCAAUAAUAUUAACAACAACUUGGAAAGCUCCAACCACAGUCUUUUUUCACAAGAGUUUACACCAAUAUACAAGAAUAACGCAGCAUCCUUUUCAAACUAUGCAUUGGACUCACCAACACUCCUCAUUGACCAAGAAUUUCAACUCCAGCUUCAACUCCAACAACAACAACAACAACAACACCAACAACUGAACCAACACCUGAAUCUGCUAAAGAAUUCACAUUUGCAACACCCAAGUCUACACUUUUUCCCAACACUCUCCACUUCAUCAAUCAAGCAAACCGACUCUAGUCACAACUUGAGCUCAAACUCAAUCCCAACUCUACCUGCACUGAUUGCAUCAUUCAACUCAAAUACAAUAGCAAAUAGCACCAACAAUUCAAGUGCAAACAUUGGAACAACCAAUGCAACAAAUGCAGGUGGUAACACCAGCGCUUCCUCCACAUCUAAUGAAAAAACAAGUCCAUUGAAGAAAUUGAAAAACUUGACAAACGGGAUCAGAAAACUUUCACUUGGUCUGAGCAGCAACACUAGUUCGUCAAGUAAUGUCACUACACCAACCGGAUCGAAAUUUCCAAACUUGAACCCACUAGCAAUACCACCACCACCGACAACAACAGCAGCAGUAGCAGCAGCAGCAGCAACCAACACCACUACCAACACUACUCCUUCUCAGUUUUCAUCUACAACUGCAACUGCAACUUCAAACACAGCAAACCCGACACCAUUAAGAUCCACAUUGACACCUUUGCAAGUGGAUGAGAAGACCUUAAACUUGAGAAAUGGUAACACUACUACAACAUAUAGUAAUCCAUUCUCCAAUGCAUCAAUUUCACAUCUGCAUCUGCAUCUGCAUCUGCAACUGCAACUGCAGCAACCACAUAUUCAACACUCGUCAUCUUCGUCUACAUCUACUACAUCCUCGCUCACUUCGAUCCUUCGCGCCAAAAGAGCAAGAGCAGCAAGUCAAGGCUACCAUGGAAUAUCACCAAUCACACCGCCACCAUUCUCUUCAUUACCUUUAACCUCACCAAUAAUCACCAUUAGUGAGAAUCUCGACUCAAAUAGAGAGGCAAUGACGCAUAUGGAACAGAGUUAUUUUGACUCGCUAAACUCUAGUGUAAAUCAUACAACUGCACACACUGAGACAUCAACGUCUCCCACAAGCACAUCAUCAACUCUGGCUAACAACAAUAUCAACCUGAAUAUGAAUAUGAACCUGGCUUCUCACCACCAUGUCAACUCUAUUGAAGAAUUUACCAAUCUCGAUGAUCUUCUCGACUAUUCAAAUUAUCUUCAAUUGCAAAAAAUCCAAAUGAAUGAUAUAUACGUCAAGACCAGGGAAAAACUCGAGGCUAGUGGGUGGUGCUCUACUUAUGACUUGGAUAAUUUGAAAUUACAGCAAGAUGCCAGCGAUGCCCAAAUCGAUACAAUGAUUUUAAAGAUUGAAGAAAAGUUGAAUCGUGAUUUUGAUUACUCGAUGUUGAAUAAUAGUCGAAAUUCCAUGAGACCAAGGUUGAUGAGAGAGGAAAAGAGUAACGAGAUGAUGAAAAAGAGGGGAUUUAGUGGUUCUGGGGUUGUGCCCAGUAGAGUGGAAAAUGGGUUUACUUGUCCCAGUUUGAAAGUUUUGGAAAGUCGGUGCUUUUCAUUUACUGAUUUCUGA